AUGUCGUUUUUACCUGCACAUCUUCUUCUUCUUGUCGCGGAGCAUGCAGACUUUGCCGGCAUUCAGGCCCUCCGCGCAACAUGCAAGAACAACCGCGCUCUCCUGGAUGGCUAUGAACACGCCGUGACCAGACUCAACGCCGCCCGCUAUCCCUGCGCACCCUGCAACCACAUCCUGGCCUCCGACACGCGCGAGCGGGAAGUGCUCCCGAAAGACACAUACGAGACCAUUCGGGAACUGGAAGCCAGACAACACAACAUCGACGAGAUCGUCUACGGCGCAUACCUCGCGUUCUGGGAUGAAAUCGAGCUCCAGGAUGUAUCAAAAGCGGACGUCAUCCGAGAAAACCUCAAGCGCGCCUUAUGGCAGUGCUCGACGAUCGCUGACUUGGAAACACAUUCGAUCAUGUACAGGGACGACAUCGUCCCUCGACGCGACCCCUGCGUCAAGUCCCUGAUUAACCAAGACAUCAUAUUGAGCGAUGCUCCACCACCGGAUGGCUGGCAUCUAGCCCUCAAGGAGGUCCACGAGUCCAACCGCCAGGACGUGCGGUUUCGCCAGAUUGCACAUAUCCGUGAGUUGCCCGUCCAGGAGCUGGCGGGCAUAGUAGCCCUCGCCCACCUCACAAGCCAGGGGUAUAUGCGAUUUAGGGCGCCCAGAAGUGGGCUCUCGAGACCCGAUGUCGUCGAGAUGGGCGUCUGUAUGGCGGAAAAUACCAUCCGGCACGGCGUGUUCUUCCUGCACUCCAAAGUGCGCGGGGACGAAGAUGCCAACCACCACGCCAAACUGCUGCUCGACGAUACGUAUGACGAAAUGCGGCGGUGGGAGUCCGGCGAUCCGAGCGUGUUGCCGGGUCUGACGAUGAAUGUUGCGGCGACAUUGUGUGAGAAGGUCGGGUGCGAGCAUCGGGAAAUGCUGAGUGCCGCAUGUACGCUGCUAAGGGGUGAUGUCUGGCGACCGGCAGACGCGGAGAAGGAAGAAGCAGAGCCUGAAGCGGAGCGGGAGAAGCCAGACGGCGAAAUUGUACAGGAGAUUUCGGAGAGGGCUGAGGAACACGCUGCCUGA